AUGAAAGAAUGUGAUCAUAGUGAACUGAUGGCAUUCUUUGGACUUCUUUUUAUAGCUGGAGUACAGAGAUCAGGUCGACAGAACUUGAGCGAUCUUUGGGCUUCAGACGGCACUGGAAUAGAAAUUUUUCGUUUGACUAUGUCACAACGACGAUUCCAUUUUAUCCAGAGCUGUAUUUGCUUCGAUGACUUGGUUACUCGGGAUGUCAGGCAAUCAGUUGAUAAUUUAGCUCCGAUUCGAGACCUUUUUGAUGCUUUUGUUAGUAACUGUCAAAAUGCUUACAAGCCAGGAGAGUACCUAACGAUUGAUGAAAUGCUUGUAGCGUUUCGAGGAAGGUGUAAAUUUAGACAGUACAUUCCUUCGAAGCCGGCAAAAUACGGGUUGAAGAUAAUCGCCUUAGUUGACGCGAAAACGUUUUAUAUCACUAACCUGGAAAUCUAUGCGGGUAAACAACCUGAUGGACCUUAUGCUAAAAGCAAUAAACCAUUUGAUGUCGUUGAUCGCAUUGUUCAGCCUGUUUCAAAAACGAACCGCAAUAUAACGUUUGACAACUGGUUUACCAGUUAUGAGCUAGUGCUGCACUUACUCAAGGAGCAUCAAUUGACAAGUGUAGCAAUAAAUGCAGUAGCAUGGCGGGGUGGUGCGCGGGGCGGGGCAGACUGUGCCGGCGGCGGGGGCAAGCAGUCGUAUCGUUACCGCGCGUCGCGCCGCGUGUGCGUUCGUUUCGCGCCCGACGAAUUCGCCGCGAACACGGCCGAAAACGAGGGCCAAGUCAUGGUGUCUGUGGGUGCAUGGAGGCGCCGCACGCCCGACGAUUGCGAGGAGCGUUCCGAACCAGGAGCCUCCAGCUCAGCUGUUCCACGCGCGCCCCCAAACUGCGCGCGAUGCCGCAACCACAGGCUGAAGAUUGAGCUGAAAGGCCACAAACGGUACUGCAAGUAUCGCAACUGUCUCUGUGAAAAGUGUCGACUUACUGCAGACAGGCAGCGAGUGAUGGCUCAACAGACAGCUAUGAGACGUGCUCAGGCGCAGGAUGAAGCGCGCGCGCGUGCUCGAGUGACCGGAUUACAGCCACCAGGUGUUGAGUUGGACCAUCCCGAUCUGCCGCAAGUGAAGGCGCCACGGAGCCCGGUGAUACCGCCCGCCCCGUCGCGUUCGUUAGGCUCACCGAGCUGCGACUCUGUGCCUGGAUCUCCAGGAGUCUCUCCGUAUGCAGCGCCGCCGACGUCUGCGCCGCCUCAGCCUCUAAUGCCGCCGCUGCUACCACCGCAACAACCUGGUUAG